AUGUAUUCACAACCCGCUUUGGAUCAACAACAGCUCCUUGAUUUGUUACAAAAACUUGUCGAUUCAAACCUGAGCGACACGAAAACAGCUGUGGAGUCUAAUCAGAAGAGCAAUGAGAUAACGCAAAUUUCGAGCACCAAAGAGCCAAUAAAACUAAAGAAAAGCCUAGCCGAGAAGGACACUUUGAUCAAAAAGGAUCGACAUGAGCAACCAAGUGAAACCAAUGACUUUCAAACUGAAUCGAGUAGUAAAGGAAAAGCAACAAAACCGAAACGUCUGAAAAAAGAAGAAACUCAACGAGGAAGACAGAGACGGAUGACUGAGAAGUUAUUAGAUUUUGGACCU